AUGAAUGAGACCUCAGAGACUUCAGGGAGCUGCGGCUGCUGCACCCAUGAGAGGCAGCUCAGUGGCACUGUAUAUGAAGUCACCUAUGGACAAGGACAGUGGCUAUUUCAGUGGCAGCUGGGGAGAGAGGAAUACCGCCACAAAAAGAGCUUACGUUUUUCUUUGCACUGGCCACCUCCACACCGUACUCACAACACGAAGGGGCGACCUGAGGCAGGCGUCUGGAGUGAAGGCACUGGCAGGGUGUCCUUUAGCCCCUGCGAGGGCGGCCUGCAUGCCCUGGAGGACCGCCCGCCUCGGGUCCCCCGGGAGCGCGAGGACACUUUUCCGCCAGGUACGCGGAGUCGGGCUGCUCCCUUAGGCGGGUCGACUGCCUUGGGAGAGAACCAGCCCAUCCUUCCCUUUCUCCAGUCCUCAGGAACCGAGCUACAGAGUCGCUUCCUCACCUCUUGGCUCCUGGCGAGUCUCGCCGGCGUCCCCAAGCGCAGCGUCCCUCUGGGACCAGCCGUCCGCGCGCCUGUCGCUAGCGGCGUCGGGUGUCCCCGCUACUGUGUGUCAGCUGCAGAGCCGAUGCCCAGGAACGCGCAGGAGCCAGCUGCUGAUCGUCAAACAGAGGAAUUUGCCAACAGACAUCUGGGUAGCACAAAAGCCAAGGAAGGACUGAAGGAACAAGGCAGCCCUCAGCUUUUGCAGUUGCCAUUUCCUCCCUUUCGAAGUCACUGCAUCAAACUGUACCGGGCUUACUAGCUGUCUGCAAAUAGACUAGCAAGUUCAGAUGAACUCUCACCCAAGAACCCAGAUGCCACGUUGUAAGGAAGCCCAGACCACUUGGAGUGGCAUGUAUGAUCCCAGCUGACAGCCAGCAUCAACCUUGAACAUGUGGGUGAGUGUGCCUUCAAGGGAUUCCAGUCACUAACCUUCAAGCCAUUCCAGCAAUA